GACGCCCCAUUUACGGCCCCUCCUUUUUAGCAGCCGGCUAAAAUAAUAGUUUUUAUUUCAUGGAACCUUCUGCAAAGAAAUCGAAAAUGUCGAAGAACCACAAGUUCAAGAACAACAAAAAGAAGUACUUCCAUGCCAAGAGGCAGCAGCUCCAGCCUGGCCAACGUGGGUUCUUUGCCACAUGCAACAUCAACGAAAAAGCAUGUGUUCGCGAGUGCUACAAUCUCCUGAACCACUAUGCGGACCUACUCUAUGGACCUGAGCAGCCGGAGAAUGAGCCGGAAAAGAAGCAACGCGAGGAAGGAGCAGCUGGCGAUGCAGGAGAGGAUGUUGGGAAGCCGGCCAAAGAAAGCUCCAGUGAUGACGACGAUGACCUGGAGGCAGCGGCAGCCAAAUGCCGCGAGAAGCUGUCCCAGCGUAAGGUGCGAUUCCAGAACGUGGACACCAACACUACCAACUGUGUGUUCAUCCGCACCCAACUGGAGGACCCCGUGGCCCUCGGAAAGCAUAUAAUUAACGACAUAGCCACCACCGGCAAGUCCAUGUCCCGAUUCGUCCUGCGCCUCGUGCCCAUCGAAGCCGUCUGCCGUGCCAACAUGCCCGACAUCAUCUCAGCCGCCGGAGUGCUCUUCGACAAGCACUUCCUCAAGGAACCCACCAGCUAUGGCAUCAUAUUCAAUCAUCGCUACAAUCAACAGAUUAAGCGGGAUGACAUUAUCAUGCAGCUGGCCGAUUUGGUCAACUCCAAGAACGUGGGCAACACGGUGGACCUCAAGGAGGCCAAGAAAUCCAUCAUCGUGGAGGUUUUGAGGGGCUGGUGCCUGCUCAGCGUUAUCGACAACUAUCUGGGAUGCAAGAAGUUCAAUCUGGCAGAGCUGGCCAAUCCCAGUGAGAAGAAGACCAGUGGUGAAGGCGAUUCCAAGUCGGAAAAGUCUUUAGAGGAGUCUUCAGAGGACUCCAAGUCAAACAAGGAGAAAAAGGAAUCCAUUGAGGAAGAAGAUUCCAAGUCGAAGGAGUCUGUAAAAUAUGAUAAGUCUGACAAGUCUGCAGAGGAAUCCAAGUCCAAUGAAGAAGAGAAGGAGUCCAACGGAGAGCAGACCAACUAAAUUAGAAAACUCAGAAGCCUUAAGAGGACUCCCAACCCAAUGAAGGGUAUGCUAAGAGGACCAGACCUAGUUAUAGAGCUAACAAUCUGCUGUGCAGACAAAUAUAAAUAAAACGUCCAGUUAUUAUUUCCAUUUGUUAACAA